AACUGUUUUAGUCAAAUGAGGAAGUUGGCAGCGAACAGCGCGGGAACAGUCAGGAAACUUAUCAAUGUUACUGGUUUACCUCUCAGACUGGAGACGAUGAGUGAUUUGGAGGAAAAGGGGGACAGAUCAGAGUCUCCAGGAUCCAGCUCUCUGGCCAUGAAAGGAAAACCUCCAGACCUCAGUAAAGAACCUGGACCCUCAGACACAAAACGGAGAGCAGAGUCUCCAGGAUCCAGCUGUCUGUCCAUGAAGAGUGACUGGUCCAAAGAUUCUCCUCCAAACUUCAGUAAAGAACCUGGACCCUCAGACACCAAGAGUCAUGGGGGACGGUUUCUACUAGAGAGGAAGAGGAGUCAUGUUUCUGUGGAGGAGCAGCCGUCCUGCUGUGCUUUGUGUCAGGACGUCCUGAAGGAUCCAGUCUCUACCAGCUGUGGACACUGGUUCUGCAGACGGUGCAUCACCUCAUACUGGGACCAGUCUGCUUCAUCAGGAGACUCCUCCUGUCCCCGGUGUGGAAAAAGAUCCAGAACAAGACCUGGACUGCAGACAGCCCGUCAGACCAGCACUGUACAGAUGAGUGGUGGUCUGCAGGAGGUUUUAGAUGACCAUAAGCUCAGUCUGAGGAGGAGAUGUGAACGUGUGACUGAAGGAAGUGAUGAAACAGGAAGUGGAACCCUCCUCAACAGGAUCUACACUGAGCUCUACAUCACAGAGGGACAGAGUGAAGAGGUUAAUACCCAACAUGAGGUGUGGAAGCUUGAAACAGUUUUCAAGAUAACCCUCCAUGACACUCCAAUCAAGUGCCACGACAUCUUUAAAGCCUUACCCGGCCAACAGGGACACAUCAGAGUCGUUCUGACGAACGGCGUCGCUGGCGUUGGAAAAACCUUCUCGGUGCAGAAGUUCACUCUGGACUGGGCAGAGGGCUUGGAAAACCAAGACGUGAGUCUGCUGAUUCUGCUUUCGUUCAGGGAGCUGAACUUGAUCAGAGAUGCGCGGUACAGUCUUCUCGAGCUGCUCCAUGUUUUCCAUCCAACAUUACAGAAGGUCACAGCAGAGAAGCUCGCUGUCUGUAAACUUCUCUUCAUCUUUGACGGCCUGGAUGAAAGCAGACUUUCACUGGAUUUCCACAACAAUGAGGUCGUGUCUGAUGUCACACGGAAGUCUUCAGUCAACUUGCUGCUGACAAACCUCAUCGAGGGGAAUCUGCUUCCCUCGGCUCUCGUCUGGAUCACUUCCCGACCUGCAGCAGCCAAUCAGAUCCCUCCUUCAUGUGUUGGCAGGGUAACAGAAGUACGAGGCUUCACUGAUGCCCAGAAGGAGGAGUACUUCAGGAGGAGAGUCUGUGAUGAAGAGCUGUCGAGCAGAAUCAUCUCACACAUCAAGACAUCCAGGAGCCUCCACAUCAUGUGUCUAAUCCCAGUCUUCUGCUGGAUCACUGCUACAGUUCUGGAGCACAUGUUGACUACAGACCAGAGAGGAGAGCUGCCCAAGACCCUGACUGACCUGUACUCACAUUUCCUGCUGGUUCAGACAAAGAGGAAGAAGCAGAAGUAUAAGGGACAUGAGACGAGUCCACAGGAGCUGACGGAGGCUGACAGGGAAGUUCUUCUGAAGCUGGGGAGGCUGGCGUUUGAACAGCUGGAGGAAGGAAACAUCAUGUUCUACCAAGAAGACCUGGAGCAGUGUGGUCUUGAUGUCUCCGAGGCCUCGGUGUACUCAGGAGUUUGUACAGAGAUCUUCAAAAGAGAGAGUGUGAUCUUCCAGAAAACAGUCUACUGCUUUGUUCAUCUGAGCAUUCAGGAGUUUCUGGCUGCCGUCUACAUGUUCCACUGUUACACCGACAGGAACACGACAGUACUGAAGACUUUCCUGGGAAAAGAUUACAGUGACUCAUCUCUGGAUGUCUUUCUAAUGAGAGCAGUGAUAAAAUCCCUAAAGAGUAAAAAUGGCCACCUGGACCUGUUUGUCCGCUUCCUUCAUGGCCUCUCUCUGGAGUCCAACCAGAGACUCUUAGGUGGCCUGCUGGGUCGGACAGACAACAGUCCAGAAAUCAUCCAGAGAGCCAUCAACAACCUGAAGGAGAAGAAGACCAGUACCUCUCCUGACAGAAGCAUCAACAUCUUCCACUGUCUGACGGAGAUGAACGACCACUCAGUACAUCAGGAGAUCCAAGAGUUCCUGAAGUCAGAGAACAGAUCAGAGAAGAAACUCUCUGUGAUCCACUGCUCAGCUCUGGCCUACAUGCUGCAGAUGUCAGAGGAGGUUCUGGAUGAGUUGGACCUGAAGAAGUACAACACAUCAGAGGAGGGACGAUGGAGACUGAUUCCAGCUGUGAGGAUCUGCAGAAAGGCUCGGCUUUCUGGCUGUCGACUCUCAGAGACUCACUGUGAAGUUGUUGCCUCAGCUCUGAAGUCCAACCCCUCCCAUCUGAGAGAGCUGGACCUGAGCUUUAAUGAACUAAAGGAUUCAGGAGUGGAGCUGCUGUCUGCUGGACUGGAUAGUCCAAACUGUGGACUGAAGAAUUUGAGAUUGAGUCGCUGCAAUUUGUCAGAGAUCAGCUGUGCUUCUCUGGCCUCAGCUCUGAAGUCCAACCCCUCCCAUCUGAGAGAGCUGGAGCUGAGUGAAAACAACCUGCAGGAUUCAGGAGUGAAGCUGCUGUCUGCUGGACUGGAGAGUCCACACUGCAGACUGGAGACUCUGAGAUUGAGUCUCUGCAGUUUGUCAGAGACCAGCUGUGCUUCUCUGGCCUCAGCUCUGAAGUCCAACCCCUCCCAUCUGAGAGAGCUGGACCUGAGUAAAAACAUCCUGCAGGAUUCAGGAGUGAAGCUGCUGUCUGCUGGACUGGAGAGUCCACACUGCAGACUGGAGACUCUGAGACUGACUUUCUGCAAUUUGUCAGAGAUCAGCUGUGCUUCUCUGGCCUCAGCUCUGAAGUCCAACCCCUCCCAUCUGAGAGAGCUGGAGCUGAGUGACAACAACCUGCAGGAUUCAGGAGUGAAGCUGCUGUGUGCUGGACUGGAGAGUCCACACUGCAGACUGGAGACUCUGAGACUGACUUUCUGCAGUUUGUCAGAGACCAGCUGUGCUUCUCUGGCGUCAGCUCUGAAGUCCAACCCCUCCCAUCUGAGAGAGCUGGAGCUGAGAGGAAACAACCUGCAGGAUUCAGGAGUGAAGCCGCUGUCUGAUCUUGUGGAGAGUCCACACUGCAGACUGGAGACUCUGAGCUGGGAGCCAUUUACGAUUUAGUAAACAAGACGUUGUGUGUGUAUUGAGAGAGGACCAGCUGUGUCCUGAUGAUCCAGAGGUUGAAGCAGCAGCUGGUGUGUGGAGAGGCUCUGACUGGGCCAUGUUACUGGGAGGUGGAGUGGAGAGGAGAGCUUCACCCAGCAGUGACUGACGGAGGAAUCACAACAAGUGGAGAUGAGUGUCGGUGCUGCAGUCUGAACUGCUCUGAGAUCAGCUCCACUGUCAGACACAAAGGCAAGUCCACCAUCGUCCCUGUGUGUUCCUCUGGAUGUGGCAGAGUAUCGUCAGUGUAUCUGGACUCUCUGCUGCUGCUCUGUCCUUCUACACCGUCUCUGCAGACACACUGAGACUCCUCCACUCCUUCUGCUCCACACUCAGCCACCUCCUCCAUCUGGAACCUGGAACCUGGACCUGAGUCUCAGUCCGGCUCUGGGUUUACGUCCUUGCUUGGAAAGGCUUUAAAAAUCAAAUUUUCUGUAUUUAAGUUUUAAUUCAGUCUAAAAGUGAGAUCUUCUGUCUUGAUGCUUUGAAACUGUUGAAACCUGCCGAUUAUUACUGCUAAUAGCACUAAAAUUACGGGGGUUUAGUGUCCCCAAGCAACAAAAGUUUCAUUUUGGGGUGAUAAAGAUUAAUAACCAUUAGCAUUUCAAAUGCAGCAAUGAAUGAUGUAAGAAAUACAUAAAAUACAUCUAGUGCCUAAUCAUUGGUCAUUUUAAAUGUGUGUGUGCAACCCGGUCAUCUCCUGUCAAUAAUGCAAAUAACAUGAUUGAUCUGGACAUCUGCUGGGAGUUUUUAAGUACCAUGACUCAUGGGCUGCUUUCAUUUGUUGUUUUGUGCACCUGUGCAUAAUUAUUGACCCCCCUGUCUCUCAGCAGUGAACACUUUACUGCCCUUCCCCAUUUCUGUUUUAUGUCAGCCACAAAAACAAGACUUUGGAGCAGAAUGGAUUUAGGAAACACCUUCCCAAAGUGAUUUCCCCACGCAAUUAUCAGUUAGUUAAUUAGAAAAGUGGUAUUUUUUUUCAGAAUUUCUUUGUAAUAUUUGGUAUUAUAGGCAGUGAUAGCUUAAUGAAGUCUUUCUCUCUCCCUCCCCUCGUAAAGCUGUCCAUGGUUCUGCCUCCAAAACACUCAUCUGACCAUGGAAUAAGCUUAUGAUAUAAUAUAAAGCAAAUGCUUUAUAUCAUAUGUUGUUGUUUUUGUUUGUAUGUAGGCUUUGUUUUUACCCUUUAAACCCCCCGACCACCCCAAAAGCCACAGUGUAAUUCAAACACGGGUUCAAAUGGACUUAUUGUAAGUCGUUCUGGACAAAACAAAUGUAACGUUGCGUAACAGCCCUAAAUAAACUGGUUGCGUUGGUCAACACGCACUUUCUCUGCUGGUUGCUUUUCCACAAAGGAGGCAGCUUUGUUGUGUGUUUAGUUGCCAAGUCACUAACACACACACACAACUCCCUGUCAAGGUUACCGUGGCAACAGUCAAACUUUUCCUUUGCGGAGGCAGUUUGAUUUACUUCCUGAUGUCACUGCGGCUCUCUCAUUGUCCCUCUGACUCCGACCCGCUGAGCAGCAGCGACUCGUCCUCAGACUCUGACAACACACAGGUCUGUCACCUUUCCUCCUUUCCUCUGUCUCGGCCUUUACGCCACGCUCUGCAGCAGCUCCAGCAGUUCAGGUUGUUCAACGUUUACAGCUCAGAGUUUCUGUUUGAUCCCAAAUGUUACUGUCUGUGCCUCAGUGGCUGGCUCAGUGGUUUAAAGUGUCUGUGAUAUUUUUUUGAGGGGGGUGCAUUUGUUAUUCUUGGUGUUAAGCUUGGUGUAUUCAAUAUUCUGACUAUAAUAUAUAAAUAAUAAUAAAUAUUUCCUUAAAAAAUUGUA